CUUUAACUGUGGAGAAAAUUGGCAUGAUCCUGUUAAAUGUAAGUGGUUAAAGAAGUGGAUUAAAAAAUGUGAUGAUGACAGUGAAACCUCCAAUUGGAUUGCAGCCAACACAAAGGAAUGUCCCAAAUGCCAUGUCACAAUUGAGAAGGAUGGCGGUUGUAAUCACAUGGUCUGUCGUAACCAGAACUGUAAAGCAGAGUUCUGCUGGGUGUGUCUUGGCCCUUGGGAACCACAUGGAUCUGCCUGGUACAACUGUAAUCGUUAUAAUGAGGAUGAUGCAAAGGCAGCAAGAGAUGCACAGGAGCGAUCCAGGGCAGCCCUGCAGAGGUACCUGUUCUACUGUAACCGCUAUAUGAACCACAUGCAGAGUCUACGCUUUGAGCACAAACUGUAUGCUCAGGUGAAGCAGAAAAUGGAGGAGAUGCAACAGCACAAUAUGUCCUGGAUUGAGGUGCAGUUCCUGAAGAAAGCAGUUGAUGUCCUCUGCCAGUGUCGUGCCACACUCAUGUACACUUAUGUCUUCGCUUUCUACCUCAAAAAGAAUAACCAGUCCAUUAUCUUUGAGAAUAACCAAGCAGAUCUAGAGAAUGCCACAGAGGUACUUUCAGGCUACCUUGAACGAGAUAUUUCCCAAGAUUCUCUGCAGGAUAUAAAGCAGAAAGUACAAGAUAAGUACAGAUACUGUGAGAGUCGACGAAGGGUUUUGUUACAGCAUGUGCAUGAAGGCUAUGAAAAAGAUCUGUGGGAGUACAUUGAGGACUGAGAAUGGCCCUGCAUAAAAUGAACUCUGAAAACUUUACCAUCUAGAGUGCUCAUGCAAUUAAAACAAAACAAACACAAACACAAACAAGCAGGCACUAAGCCUAUUCUGACACCGCUGGUCUGUAGUACCAGAAUUCUGUUUUGUUAAUGGAAAGUUUAAGUAAAUUAUAUUGUAAUAAAAAAGGUAGAUAAACCAUUGUACAACAGUAUUCUAGGCCGCCAACAAAAGUGUGACAGGCACACUAAAAGCCCUCCAACUUUAACUUGUAACGUAGCUUCAUUCUCAAAGCUGACUCCUUUUUUUUUUUCUUUUUCCUGAGUGUAGUACAGUUAAAAUUUCAAGUAGCUCCUCAACACUGCUUUUCAUGUCCAAACGAGCCAUUUUGUUGUACUUUGGUAAAGAAUCUCUUCCCCUUCCUCCCCUGCACAUACAACUAUACUCCCCCACACAGCCUGACACUCUUUUCUCUCAUACCCCAAAGUCAAGAGUGAAUGAUUAGCUCCUUGUAAAGAAAAUUCUUGGGAAGGGGACAGGGGUAGGCAGCAAGAGGAUUAAACAAACAAAACACACACACACACACAUACACACACACGCACGCACACUUUGUAUAUGACUUUUAAAGCAAGAGGACAACACAGUAUUUUUCAGAAUUGUAUAUAGCGCAUAUGCAUGGACAAAGCAAGCGUGGCACGUGUUUGCAUAAUGUUUAAUUACAAAAAUAUUUAUUCUUUAAAAGUCUUCAAGAUUAUGUCUAUUUGCUGUGCAUUUUCUUUCAGUUGGCUUUAUCUUUCCAGGGUUGGGGUUGGGAUUAAAGGUGUGUUUGUUUAGCACCCCCGGAAAGACCUAACUAGAGUGCUUCAGUUUCUCUUUCCUGAGGUUACUUUGCCCUUUCUGACUUUGGUGUGUCUUUUGCUGGCCUUGGGCCUCAUGCCUGGAGUUCCCAGCUCUUGAUCAGGAACAGGGAGGUGAAGUUCUAACUAAAUGCUGUGACCGGUACGGACUGCAGCUCCAGUUCAUCAAUGAACCUGUCUCCAACCUAAUCCUCCUCCUCCAUGACCUCAUGCUUCUACCCCAGCCCUGUGUACCCAUGUCAUGCACACAGCUAUAGGCUUCCUAUACACCCCAUCACAACCAGAGUUAGCAUUUCCAAAUUUCAUUCCUGUUUUGUUUUCCCUUAAUUGCUGCUUUGAGCCUUUUAAGACUUUAGUUAUGGCUCAUCUCACCUCUAAGUUAGGGUAUCAGAAUGUUGUUGAUUUAAAUAUAAAUAAAUAGCCAUUCAUUUAGUCUCAGAUUGUGAAUUUAAAAUGGCGGAUACUGAAAUUGCUUGUGUGUGUUGCAGUGGGUUCAGUUUGAAGGCAAAACUCCCCCAGAACAUGAUAGUCCCAUCCAGUGCAUUUAAGUAGAAAUCACUGAGUUUGCUUCUUUUCUAUUGUCAGCAAAUAGGAGGAUUAAUAAUGCAUUUUAGCUGUGAUGUCCAUUUUUAUGAAAUUUCUACUAAAAGCUAUGUUAAAAGUAAAGGGUGGUGGUGGUUUUAUUAACUAUGUACCUGUUUAGGCCAUUUGGGCUGUGGUAUUUUUCAACAGGUCAGCAUCCCUAAAUCUGUCAAGUUUUAUACAAGAGUGCAGAGUGAACUAGGCAACUAGAUUAAGAAGUAUAACUGUUUAAUACCAGUUUGGGCUGAGGACCUCUUUGUCUUCCUUUCACUGUCUUGUGCCUAGGGAGUGUUUACCACUUGUGAGGCAGCUUUGUCUGCUCUUGCAUUGUACAUCUUAUUACUCCAUUGGGAAGUAGGCUCACUUUCCUCUGGCCUUUUGCCUAAGUUAGGCUUUGCUGAAUCAACCCUACUUUUUCCUUUUAGAAAAGGUUGUUAUAUGAGAUGUACUUGCAACUGUUCUCUUCCCAUCAAAAAUCAGUGAAUGUUUGCUGAGUAUAUUAUGCUGCUUCCUUAAACUACUUUUUGCUUUAGGAUCAACUUUAUCUGUACCCUUUUUCUUACCCUUGCCACCUCAGGUGCAAAUCUGAACUUGUUAUCAGCUUCUUGUAUUUCUCUUCCCCAACAUCCAUUUGACUUUAUUUUACUCUAACUGCAUCAAUCUUUAAAAGACAUUUAUCAAAACUAAAAAGUUGGGUUUUUUUUGUUGUUGUUGUUGUUAUUUUAAGAAAUCUUGAGUAAGUUCCUUUCCCUGGUAACUUUGAAAAGCAACCAGAGUCGUAACAUAGAUCUGUUUGGCUCUCAUAAAAUGCUUUGUGUAUAUGGUGUUUAAACAAGAAUUUGCUGGUUAACUUUGCAGUAUCUAGGUUCCAGUGUCAUAAAUCCUCUUCACAUGCUCCCCUUGCAACAGUAUCCAGAAACAGUGAGUGCACUUGGUAGUGUCAGCCCCUACCAGUGGAGGAACAGUGGUUUUUAGAGAUGCUUUCUACUUCCAGUGUUGGCCAAUGACCCGAGGGAAUUGCAGUUGUGGGUGCAUUCCCUAAUUUGCAUGGAUCAAGUAAACUGGCCUUUUCUGCUACUUCCAAGCUUUUAACAGCAAUCUUCAUAUUUGACAGACUUCCUGGAGUUAAUUGCUUUUGUUAGUAGCUUCAGUGCCCCUAGCUGGGAUACGCAAGCCAUAUUAUAUGGCAGCUUCCCUAUUUCACCUGCCUAAAGUCUAUCAGAGGGCUUUAUCACAGCAGCAUCAGGGUCUCCCACUCAUCUUCAGGUCAGUUACAUUUGCUUUUGAAAAGUGCAUGCUUCAUUUGAAUAAUCCAUUGAGCAGCAGAUGGACUUGCAGUGAUUUACAAUAAAAUCUUGAUCCAGAGUUCAGGACACAUACCAUAGUGGUAAAAUGAAGUAGCAUAUAAUAUCACUGGACUUUAAAUUCUGUGUAAUUUGCUGCGAUCCAGAUUGUAUGUGUUUUAUGUGUGUUUAAAUAAACAUUAAAUACACGUGUAUACAUACACACAUAGAUAACAGAUCCAAGACUGAUUUGAAAUGGUUGAAUUUGCAAGGUAUUAUGUGGUUCAGCCAUGAUUAGGAACUGAAAUUUACUACAAGAGAGAAAAGGACUUAAUGUCCUAAAUCCUUUUAGCUGUAAAUCCUGGUAUAGGGCACUUGGGGAAUGGGCUGGGGCGGGUUGGUGAGACAAUCAGAUCGGUAAAUUGACUUCAGUGCUCCUGACCCUGUAAUUUUGUGCAUAGAGCAUCCUGUGCUGUGGAAAUAACUGUUCUUAGAUUUUCAUUGUAACUGGACUGUUCAGGUUGCCCAGAGGGAAAGAACAUUCCUAAUUCUAAUAAAAUAAACUUUUAUUUUGUUAUUCCAUUAGUUACUUAUGUUUAUUUUUAUAGUUGAAAAAACAUGGCCAUUAUGUGGCUAACAGCCUGUAUUGUGUGCCUUAUUCACUGUUCCUACUUCAUAAUAUAAAAUGUCAAGAUUUGGUUCAUUUCCUUUGCAGGGAACUGUGAAUGAGACCAUCCCCAACAUUUAGGUUGGUUAAUGAAACUUCAGAAGUUUUCCUGAAAGCUUUGUAAUUUCUGUGUCUUGAACACUGGAUUUAGAUUGCUGUUUGUAUUGUAACAGGGAUACAUACUAGAUACUCAGUCUUUGAAUGUCAGAUUUUAAAAGAUGUCUUAAAAGUUAUUCUUAGUCUAAAAAAAACAAAACCAAAAAACCCUCCUUGUUUUAGCUCUCUUUUAGAAGGUUGGUAUCUCCCAUAAGGGUAAUGGGAGAGUUGUCUUAAAGGUUGGGAGAUUUUUAUUAAUAUUACAGCCAAGUCAAGAUGUGGUGUUUGGAUCUAUAAUUAAGAGUUUAUUUAUCACUUUCAUCUUCAAAAUACUUUAGCUUCUAUUACAUUCUAAAACAAGUGAAGUCCAAAUUGUGCUUUACAGGAAAAUGAGGCUCAGUGAGGUUAAGUAACUUGCCCAAGUUUUCAGUUUCUUUCACCUGGGACUGGAACAUCGGACUACCUCUCUGUAUAAUUUUCUUAUUCUGGUCUCAGAGAAACCUAGCAAUCAGGACCAGGUAAGAUGGUUCUGAGUGUUGUACUUUAAACUACUCAUCAGAGAUCACACAAAUUGCCUGCCAGUACUCCUGUUAGCUCCUGAUGCUAUCUAUAAACCAUCUUAAUUUGUUGUUGCAAAACUUGUAACUAAUGUCCCAUUUUUGCCUAAUUGUUAGAAACCAGCCAGAGUAGCCCUCUCCCACUGUGCUGUUUAGGGCAGUCUCCAUGUAAGGGUGAUUGCAUGUGAUAGGUGAGUGUAAAUGGUUCAGAUGAUUUGAUUUGCAGUUGUUAAUCUAGUUAUUUCCAGGGUUUGUUUUAUCUGGUAACUGAAAAUGCACAGAACACCAGAUAACCAUUUGACCUUUAAGAAGAUAAUAGGCAGUAAGCAUCAUGGGAAAAUCCUGACUCCUUUGAAAAUAGGAAAAUGUAUGGACCCCUAGACUUUUGUAUUUCUUUGCAGAUAGAGUUGUGUAUGUCUGGUUUAUGUUAAGGGAUUUGCUCCUGUUCUUAGUUAUUAAAGAUGAAAUAGCUAACUCAGAAAUGCUCAAUUGGAAAUCAACUGAUGCCUACUAUAGGAGUAUACAGGCAACUUUUAGUUUUCUCUCCUUUUUUUUUUUUCCCUUGUGGAAUUAAAUGCAUUUUUAAGGGCAGCUGAUCUUUAAGCAGUAGCAUUUAGAAUAAGAAACACAGAUUCUUGUGAAAAGCAGUUUCCAAACUAGUAUGAUUUGGGGCCAUAGAGCCAUUUUCAGGAAAGGAACCAAUUCAUAAAUCACAUACUGAAAAGGAGCAGCUCUAAAAAUACCAAACAAAAAAAAACCCAA